AUGGGUGUGCAAGAUUUCAUCCGCUUCGACCUAGACGAAUACCGGGCCAAAGUGCGCAACUAUGAUGAUCAGGAACUACAAAAAAAAGAGGUGGUCUUGAUUCGCACCGCAUACUCGGGCACGGCGGGGAUUGUCAGCGGCGCCGUCCUGGCUCCUUCUACGGGAGGGGCUUCGAUGAUAGGCUGCGUGGCUGCAGGCAGGACAAUACACCUCGUUGAACAGAAACUCGAGGUCGUUCGAGCCGAAUUGACCAGACGUGGCUUGCCACUGCACGAGAAGAGGACCCGAGACCAUGCAAUUCCCGUGACCACCGGCAGCAUAGCUGGAGCCAUGGGCUUGGGUAUGGGCAUGGAAGGACACAUGCUGGGAACAGCAGCCGCUGCAGGAGCCAAUCUUGUUGCGGUCACUACAGAAAAGCUGGAUCGUGUCCAGACAGCUCCGAGCCGCCCAAGUCCUCAAGGUGCGAACAGCUUCCAACGCCUCAAGAGAUCCCUGACGGAGAAUGUCACCUCACGCUCUCGAUCCCUCCGACACCCCUUUUCUUCCGAAGACACGGACCUGUUCCACCAAUACGACGACUUGAUCGCCCACAAGAAAUCACUCGAGGAACGCUACCAGAAGCUCCGCGAAGCGACUUUGGCGGCUGCGGGCGCAAAAUGGUACUGGUACGUAGUCUACCACUACCACUGUGAAUCAGAAAACCUCAUAAUACCGACCAAUCCAGGCUUAUGGAUCGACUCCCUUCGCCGUAAAGAAAGCCUUGGUCGAUGGGACCGCCGCCGGGCUGACGAAGACCUGAAACGGUUCCGACAAGACCUCAAUGAGACCAAAAAGCGCUUGGACGAGUGGGACGUCAUGGUUGUGAGAUGUCUCCCACCGGGACCAAUUGCUGCACCUGACGCCAGAGCAGAGACGCUUGUGGUGAUGAAUCGCGGUAUUACCAUGUGUCUACUCCCUCUGGUGUUUUAUUGGAUACUGAGGCUCUCCUGGUUCGGGCUGGCAUACCGACUGCUCGUCAUUGUGCUCCUGGCAUUUGGUGUCCAUGCGCGGAUAUUGUGGGACUACGAGAUGUACCCCUUUCUCCCAAUACCAGUCACGAAGAUAUGA